UUUACGACCGCCGUCACCGUCGUUUGUUGUCGUUCCGUUUACGUUUGGUGCGCGGUGUUUCGGUUUUUCCCCAACUCAAGUAGAAAUUUAACUAUUCCGUGGAAAGUUCCUGCAAAGAGAAAAUGCCCAAAGUGCGCCGCAGCCGCAAGCAACCUCCGGAAGGAUGGGAGCUCAUCGAACCGACCCUCGAAGAGCUGGAGCAGAAGAUGCGUGAAGCAGAAACGGAACCGCACGAAGGUAAACGUAUCACCGAGUCGCUGUGGCCCAUCUUCAAGAUUCAUCACCAGAAAUCGCGCUACAUUUACGACCUGUUCUACCGGCGGAAAGCCAUCAGCCGGGAGCUGUACGAGUACUGCCUGAAGGAGAAGAUCGCCGAUGGGAAUCUGAUUGCCAAGUGGAAAAAGUCCGGCUACGAGAAUCUGUGCUGCCUGCGGUGCAUCCAGACGAGGGACACCAACUUCGGGACGAACUGUAUCUGCCGGGUACCGAAGUCGAAGCUGGAGGAGGGCCGAGUGGUGGAGUGCGUGCACUGCGGAUGCCGCGGUUGCUCCGGGUAAGGUUUUUGGGUGGUGCGUGGAAAAAAGAUGUGUGUAUGUUUUGUGUUUUAUCGCAAAGGCAUUCUUUAGAGACGAUAAUUUCUUUUGAAGUAAAAUAAAUAUUGAGGGAUAGUAAAA